UUUUGUAAAAUCUAUAACGGAAGUGUGUUGAUUCCCUGCCGGACAAUUGUUUCCUGUUGUCGGCAGUGACAACAGAAGCAGCAGCAGCCAGAAGCUUAUCGCAGAGAAAACUGAAUAAACUGCCCUGACCAGCUCGAUCUUACCGAGAGACUGACCAGGGAAGACAGUAAGAAUGGACGGAGAAGAAAAAACCUAUGGUGGCUGUGAGGGGCCAGAUGCCAUGUAUGUGAAACUGAUCUCCUCUGAUGGCCAUGAGUUUAUCGUGAAGAGAGAACAUGCUCUUACAUCUGGAACAAUCAAAGCUAUGCUUAGUGGUCCUGGCCAGUUUGCUGAGAAUGAAACGAAUGAGGUCAACUUUCGAGAGAUCCCGUCUCACGUCCUUUCUAAAGUGUGCAUGUACUUUACAUAUAAAGUCCGCUAUACUAAUAGUUCAACAGAAAUCCCAGAAUUUCCUAUUGCCCCAGAGAUAGCGUUGGAGCUUCUGAUGGCUGCGAACUUCUUAGAUUGUUAAACAUAAAAAAGAAACACUCAUAUACACAUCUGGAUGCAGAAUAAAUAUGACAAGCAAAAUAUUAUUGGUUUAUUUUAUUGCUUUAAUACUUUCAGGUUUGCAAACAGAGAUAUGCUGUGCUGAAUUAGAAAUAUAACAGUUUUUGGUAAUUUGUCAUAUUUAACCUGUAAUUUUUCUUUCCCCCGUUUUCUUAAUAUUAGCGGAUAUCUAAGUUAUUUUUAUUUUACUUUUUAUUGUUUUAAGCUUUGACCCAGUAUUAACUUGAUCAUUUCUGUAUUGCAAAAUAAGAUGCCUGAAGUGAUGCUCUCAUAUUAAAUAUUUUAAUGACUAGAGUCAACCAGACACACAUGUAAUUUUAUAAUGUAUCUGUUGGUGUUAACAAAUUAAAACUUCAGUUGAAAUAGAUUUGUUAUACCUUUUCUGCAUGUGGAUUCAUCAGACAAAUGUCUUGUAAUUGUCCGCAGUAGUCAUUCAUCAGUUGUUUAAUGAAUAAAAUCAGCUGUUCUUGAAAA